CCACCAGGUCACCAGCCUAUUCUUCCGGGUCAAAGUUAAAAUGCACUAUACGUUUUUAUCAAAAGUCGGAUUUAAAAAUUAGUUUGUAAACUUAAGUGCAUUACGGAUUUUGUUAGUCAUCUAACGUAUCGCUGUCGGUUAUUUGCGCAAACAAAUAGCGUCAACUGUUUUCAGUUGCGAGCAGUUUGUCAUAAACAUGGCUCCAACGAUUCAGACACAGUCUCAAAGAGAAGACGGGCACAGCAGGCCGUCCUCUCAUAGGACUGUUCCAGAGAGGUCAGGGGUGGUCUGUCGAGUGAAGUACUGCAACAGCCUACCCGACAUCCCCUUUGACCCCAAAUUCAUCACAUAUCCAUUUGAUCAGCACAGGUUUGUACAAUACAAAGCCACUUCUUUAGAGAAGCAACACAAACAUGAGCUCCUGACUGAGCCAGACCUCGGGGUCACCAUUGAUCUCAUCAACCCAGACACCUACCGCAUAGACCCAAAUAUACUUCUGGAUCCUGCUGAUGAAAAACUGUUGGAAGAGGACAUCCAGGCUCCUUCCAGUUCGAAAAGGUCACAGCAGCAUGCCAAGGUUGUCCCGUGGAUGAGGAAGACCGAAUAUAUUUCGACAGAGUUCAACAGAUACGGCGUUUGCAAUGAGAAAGUGGAAGUCAAAAUUGGUGUGUCUGUCAAGCAGCAGUUUACAGAAGAAGAAAUAUACAAGGAUAGAGACAGCCAGAUUUCUGCCAUUGAGAAAACAUUUGAGGAUGCACAGAAAUCAAUUGCACAGCACUACAGUAAACCAAGAGUUACUCCUGUGGAGGUGCUACCUGUGUUCCCUGAUUUCAAGAUGUGGAUCAACCCAUGUGCUCAGGUCAUCUUUGACUCUGAUCCUGCACCUAAAGACCUUUCCGCUCCAGCAGGAGUGGAAAUGAUGUCUCAGGCCAUGAUCCGAGGUAUGAUGGAUGAGGAAGGAAAUCAGUUUGUGGCUUACUUCCUGCCCAAUGAAGAAACAAUUCGCAAAAGGAAGAGAGACUGCGAUGAAGGGAUGGAUUAUAUGCCUGAGGACUUGUAUGAUUACAAGAUAGCCAGGGAGUACAACUGGAAUGUGAAGAACAAAGCCAGCAAGGGUUACGAAGAGAACUACUUCUUCAUCUUCCGAGACGGAGACGGUGUCUACUACAAUGAACUUGAGACCCGGGUGCGCCUGAGCAAGAGGAGAGCCAAGGCUGGAGCUCAGUCCACCACCAACGCAGUGCUGGUGUGUAAGCACAGAGACAUGAACGAGAAGGAACUGGAAGCGCAGGAUGCUCGUAAAGCUCAGCUGGAGAACCAUGAGCCUGAGGAUGAAGAGGAAGACUUGGAUAAGGACAUGCAGGAUUCUGGUGAUGACAAAGAGAAGGGCAGCGGCAGCGAGGCGGAGAACUCCGGCAGUGAAUCUGAGAGGGAGGAAGAAGACCGGGAACAAAGGCCAGAGGAGGAAGACCAAGAGAGCCGAGAGAAGCGCAAGAGGAAGACGAGCGGCAGCGGAAGUGAGAGCGGCGAGGACAGGACCAGAGAAAUGCGAGACGAGGAGGAGAUCUUCGGAAGUGACGACGAGAGUGCAGAUGACGACGACGAUGAUGACGACGACGACGAUGACGAAGAAGUCGGCAACAACAACAACAAGAACUCAGCCAGAAGCAGCGGGGAGGAGGGCAGCGGUAGCGAGGACGAGAGAGGGAACCGAGAGGCCAGCAGAAGCCGAAGCGCCUCCCCGGCACACAGCGACCGCAGCAGCGAGCACUCGGAGACCCGAGCCCAGAGCGGCAGCGGCAGUGAGAGAGCCUCAGAAUCCAGUGAGGCCAGUGACAGUGAAUAGGACCUGUGGCACGGACACCUUUCUUACUUUGAUGUUUAAAUACGACAGUGUUACUCUCUCACUGACCUUGAAAUUAGCACGGCAUGAGGAUGCAGUUUCUAAUGAUUUCAAAUAUAAAAUUCAAAUUUAUCUGGUGGAUGUUAAUUGGUUUUGGACUUGGGACUUCAAUACACUUUUAACUGUAGAUCACGCUUCCGCACAACUGGUUGUUUGUCCACCAUUCCUAUAGUUUUUUCUGUCUGAUAUUGCCUGCAGGAUCAUGUAAAGAAAUGUCAGUUUUAUCUGCUUCUGACUCGUUACGCGUGUUGGCUUAAAAACUGAUAAUAAAAUACAGGUGACUUUUGUAAGAAA